AUGCCCGUUCCUGUCCCGCUCUAUUUCAAGCAGCCAGCGCACCCAGUAAUCAAGAUCAAUCCAUCUGCUGGCUCUGAUCCUAAGCAGUCAGUCUUUCAGCAUUUGACUCACUCGUUGCCUCUGCCUCCUCGCGGACCACCCCCUUCCCUUGCUACUAGAGACGAGUGGAUCAGCUCAUUGCCAUCGUGGAGAAGGAAUAAGCCUCGUCGCAUUUGGGAGGAGGAUUCUUGCCAGCUCCCGGCACUCGUUCGCCAGGGUUUUCAGGAAGGGUUGACCGUUGCGGAUAACGCUGCGGUCAUUAAAGGAGCGUCCGCGCAAGCGUGCAUUCCGCCCAUCUCUACCCUCAUCGCUACUGCUGAUCUUGCUUCGCCUUCCCGAGCCGCCGACAUGUACGGAGCAUUCGAGGUCAACAUGGAAGAUGCUAUGAAUGUAGCUCCGCCUCGUCCUCAUCGUUGGCAAUGCGAAGUCGAUGCACAUACCAACGGUAUUUUUCUAUCCUCUGACGAAGAGUAUGACGAGAUGGAUGUGGAGGUCCCUGCGCCGAGUGACCGCAACUACGGGUAUAACGAGCAGGCUCCUCGAUCAUACUAUGACGAUGAGGGUUUCCAUCUGUUCCCCACCGAGCGAUAUGAACGUGGGGCGUUCACUCCGGUCUUCGAGGACAUGUCACCAGAGCCGCCCUGCGGACAAGACCCUGCAUCAAGCCCAAUUGGCCCUGCAACUCCUUUCGCCGAGUAUGUUGACAGGGAAGUUGCCGCUGCUCAGUUGAUUCCCUCUUAUAAAGCCGGCCACGCUGCAGAGGUGGGUCGAGGGAUGCGUUAUGCCUUUCCAGGCGAAUGCUGUGGUUCUCAGUGCCACCAGUGUCAAGCCUACAGCCUUCCUCAGAUCCAACCAUCACUUCUUGCGCCUGGACCAGAAUCGGUCGUUGCCCCUACUGCCAGCACCACAUUUAAGAAACUAGCGGAGCCGCUUUCGGAAUGGAUAGUUUCUUACGUCUGGAAGGUCUGCACGACUGGGAUGAGUCUAUCCUCUUCCCAUACAGGAAUGUCGUCCAUCAGAGAAUACUCUACCGCUCCUCCGACUCACUUGGCUACGUCAACUCAUUCCAUGUUACUCUCAACACUAUUGCAGCCGUCAGCCAUCUUCUUAGCCCUUUGGUAUAUUGUUCGUCUUCCGGUAUUUUUUGGGCCUGUCAACCUGGACCGCGAGCGACACGGAAAGGAGAUACGUUUCCGAGCCGAACUCCUGGGUGAAGCACACCUUAGCUUCGACAGAGACGUCAUCGAUUCGUACGCACCGUUCCGCCUAAUUCUGCUCGGAUGCAUGCUUGCCAACAAGUGGCUGGACGACCAUACGUUUUCCAACAAAACCUGGCAUACCAUAUCCAAUGUCCCGAUACGGUCGCUCAACAGACUCGAAUCUCUUGCUCUGGAUAUCUUUCAGUAUGAUCUGUCCAUCUCUACACCAGAGUGGACGGAUUGGCUUUCACAUUUAUUGGCGUACCACACUUCGUUGAGAUCGCAGACCUGUCCCCAGCCUAUCUCCCGGCCCUCGACAAGUCCUCACACCAUAGUGCGCAGGGCUUUACAGAUGCUUACAGAUGCUUCGAUGCAUCGCCCCGGUCGUCAUUACGGCGAGGCUGAAGCUCUCCCAGAGCCAGUCUUUAUCAGUAUCGAGGAUCAGAAGCGGGAUGGGCCGCAUGCACCUCAUCCUUACGAGGAUAGCAUCGAUGCAUUGGAGAUCGAUUUGGACGAGGAUGGACCUCUUCGAGAAGAAUAUUUGCCGAAACGUCGUGUCAGCAGCGCAUCAUCUCUACACCGAACUCAUGCUCACGACAAGCCAACCGAGUCUGAUCGUGGCCUCCCUCCUCCAGCAAAAUGGAGUCCCGAGGCGGAUGAGCCACUCAUUCGUGACAAUGUCAGAUCGGCCAAGCAAUAUGUCGCGCCGCAGCCAAUAGUCCACAUGCCAAUGACACAACAGCCCCCACUGCCACUUCCAUUUCACCAUGUGAUGGAUACUCAUUGUUCAGCCUGGUCCUAUGGAGGUUAUUAUGUGAAGCCCGAACCGAUGUUUGUUCACGAGCCCGUGUAUCAUGCUCAGCCGUCCUACGUCUCCUAUGACUUCAAUCAUCCGGCUGGACAGUCGCAUUCUCGAUCGCAGUCGCUAUCGUAUACUCAGGCUGUAGCUGGGCAAACACACAACCGCCUCCGAUCGUAUUCGCAGACCAGGUUCGAUCUCGGAUAUAGCGAUGUCCGUGGCACCGAGAGCCAUUUUGUUCCCCAACCUCCUCCGGCUUUGUCUCGAUGGAGCGUGGCAGAUACUGCCAUUUAUCCGUCGUUGUACGACAGACCCUUUGAUCACCAUCGAACAGCUCUCAAAGUUUGA